ACUAGUUACUUGGUCUACGUAAUUAAUAUCUAUUAGUUAAACCGUGUUGAUCAAUUCAACUCCAUUCUUCAUGUCUUCAAUUUUGGACUAGUCUUUUUGACACAUAAGUGGUUAGUUUAAGCUUAAUAUAUGACUGACCUUUGCUCUUGUAAAUAAUCAUUCCUCUUUCAUUUGCUACACAAUUACCAUGAAUCCAAGGUUUGCUAUGGCAAUUCAUUAUUAUGUCUUUAUUGUGUUCUUCAUGCACAUAUCAGUGUUACAUGUACUUGCAUUAAACCCCAUGAUUGGCAACGUUACUGUGAAGUGCAUAGAGAGUGAAAGGCAAGCACUACUCGCUUUGAAACAGGGUUUUCAUCUCAACAACAAUGCUUGGCUUUCUUCUUGGGGACAUGGAGACAAUCAAAAAGAGUGUUGUAACUGGGAACACAUUCAGUGUAGCAAUGAAACAGGCCAUGUUUUGAAGCUUGAUCUUCAUGUUUCUGAUCAUAUUGUAAGAGCUGGCUCCAUUACUACAGCACUGGCUGAGUUGCAUCAUUUGAACUAUUUGGAUCUUAGUUACAUUUCUUUCAAUCUCACCCCAUCAAUUCCUAUCUUUAUUGCCUCUUUAACCCAUUUGAGAUACCUCAAUCUUUCACACUCUGGCUUCCAAGGAAAAGUACCCCAUCAGUUUGGCAACUUGCUCUUCUUGGAAUAUCUUGAUCUUGGAUAUAAUAGCCUCUUAGCAGAAAUUCCUCCUCAAAUUUCAAACCUCUCCAAUUUAGUGUACCUUCAUUUGGGAUCCAAUUCUUUUCAUGGGAACAUUCCUCCACAACUUGGAAGUCUCUUACCCUUGAAAUAUUUGGAUUUGAGUGAAAAUGGUUUCAAUGGAACUAUUCCAGAAAAUUUUGGAAAUCUUUCAAAUUUGGAGUAUCUUGACCUUAGCUCCUCUUAUCAAAUAUCUUUGAGUUCUGAUUUGCAAUGGUUAUCUCAUCUUUCAUUUAUGAGGCAUCUUUCACUCCCUAAGGUUAAUCUUAGCACUGCAAACAAUUGGCAACAACUAGUGAGUGGUCUUUCUCAUCUACAAUACUUGGACUUCAAUGGUUGUGAUCUUUCAGAUUCCAUCCCCUCAUCACUUUCUUCUGCUGCAAAUUUCUCCACUUCUCUGUCAUUUGUGGAUCUCUCUAGCAACAAUUUGAUGAACUCGUCUUUGAUAUUUCCAUGGUUAAUGAACUCAACUAGCAGCCUAGCCAUGCUCAAUUUGGAUCAUAAUUAUCUGAGGGGAACCAUACCACAGGCCAUAGGGGAAUUGAGCUCUCUUGAAUACUUGAAUCUUGCCAGCAACCAACUCGAAGGCCAAAUACCUAUAUCAUUGUUUCAUGUUUGCAGCUUGAGAGAAUUAGACCUUUCCGGAAACAGGUUGAGUGGCCAGUUUCAUGAGUUUGCUAAAGCAUUGUCCAAUUGUAAUCACAAGCAAUUGCAAACUUUGAAGAUGGGAUGGAAUGAAAUUACAGGUAUGGUGCCAGACCUUUCUUCAUUUUCAUCAUUGCAAGUGUUACGACUUGAUAGCAAUGGAUUAAAUGGAACUUUGCAUGAAGGCAUUGGACAACUAUCCAAUUUGAGGGAGUUAAGGCUUGGAAAUAACUCAUUGGAAGGUUUGAUAUCUGAGUCUCAUUUCUCUAAACUUUCCAUGCUAUUAACUUUGGAUUUAUCUCAUAAUUCAUUGGUCUUUAACAUUAGCAAUGAGUGGGUUCCCCCUUUCAAAUUAAUCAAGAUUAAAUUGGCAUCUUGCAUUUUGGGCCCUGACUUUCCAAAAUGGCUUCAAAGCCAACAUAACAUGAAUUGGUUGGAUAUUUCUGGAGCUGAAAUAUCUAGCAAUGUUCCUAAUUGGUUCUGGGAAUUCCUUCCCACAAUGAGUGCCUUGCAGAUUGAUCUAAGCUCAAAUUCUUUUGAAGGCCCAGUCCCAGCAUUUCUUUCAAUAUCAGCACAAGUGUUUCUGUCCAACAACAUGUUUUCAACAGCAAAUCUUUUUCUGUGUUCUAACGUGUCUGCGAACACUGAGUAUUUAGAUUUGUCAAAUAAUCACAUUAGAGGACAGCUCCCAGACUGUUGGAUGAAUUUCCAAUCUCUAGGCUUCCUAGAUUUGUCCAACAAUUAUUUUCAUGGCAGCUUACCGAGAUCUAUGGGAUCAUUGAGGCAAAUUCAGUCAUUACAUCUAGGUGAUAACAAUUUUUCUGGAGAAAUACCACUGUCCUUUGUUAAUUGCACAGAGCUAAGACUUUUUGAUGCUGCAAAGAAUAAUUUAACUGGGCCAUUCCCUAGCUGGAUUGGAAAUAAUCUUUCAAAUCUGUUUAUACUUAGCUUGCAUUCCAAUCAAUUUCAUGGGAGCAUGCCUCUAAAUAUAUGUAAUCUUGAUGAGCUUCAUUUGUUGGACCUCUCUUUGAAUAGUCUUUCAGGGAAUAUACCUAAAUGCAUAAGCAAUCUUUCUGCAAUGGCAAGUCAAGCAACUUCAAAGGUUGAUAUUUUCUAUGCUUAUGAUGCAUAUUAUGAUGAUUUUGAUGGCAUUACCAGCUUUGGAGUUAAUGCUGAUAGUGCUUCACUUAUAUGGAAAGGAAAAAUGUCAAAAUACAGAAGUACAUUAGGACUAUUGAGAAGCAUUGAUUUAUCAAGUAACAUAUUCAAUGGGGAGAUUCCAAGUGAGAUGAUGAGUCUUGUUGGUUUAGUUUCUCUUAACAUUUCGAGGAACAAGUUAGUUGGUAAUAUUCCUCAAGGUAUUGGACAAUUGAAAUCCUUGGAUUUUCUUGAUCUGUCUAGAAAUCAAUUGUCUGGAAGGAUUCCUUCACAACUGUCUCAGCUAGAUCGUCUCAGUGUUCUUGAUCUAUCAUAUAAUGAUUUAUCAGGCCAAAUUCCACUCGGUACCCAACUUCAAACUAGAGAUGCAUCUGCUUAUAUAGGAAAUCCAAAAUUAUGUGGUGCUCCUCUCAACAAAACCUGUCUCAUUCCUACACAGAAUCCAGUUGAUGGAAAUGAUGAUCACGAAGAACAAUUUUUUACUGAGGGGUUUUACAUUGCCUUGGCAAUUGGAUUUAUUAUGGGGUUUUGGGGAGUUUCCUGCUCAUUGAUUUUGAAGAAAUCUUGGAGAUAUGCUUAUUUCAAGUUCUUUAAUGAUCUGUAUGACAAGCUUUAUGUAUUUGCUGCAAUUAAGAUGGCUAAAUUAAAAAGACUCAGAGCUUAAGUAAACAGGUAAAAGAGUAGACAACAUCAUAUGUUAAAAAAAGAGGUUUGCUUAUGAUACAACCAGGAUCUUCGUGUGUAUCCUAUUUGGAAGGAGAUCAACAAAAUGAAGUGAUAGUGUUGUGUUUGCAUAUUUUAGCCCUGUUUAGGUUGUCAGUUGUAGCUGCAGGGUGGAGUGUGGAAGAGGAUUCUUUGAAACUUGGCCUUGUUUUGUUGCUGUGAUUUAUUUUCAUGGAUGAUUUAGGUGUUGUUAUGAAAGUGUUAGUAGUGAGUUAAUACUCAAUUUAAUCCCUGAAAUUUGAGGUUGGACUUAAAUUGAUUCUUACAAUUUUAAUAUAUUCAAAUUAGACACCCAAAAUUUAUAAUCGUAACUCACAUUAACCCUUGAGCUGAUCUCCGUCAGUAGCAUAUUGAUUUGGUACAUUAACCUAAUAUCAUCAUUAGGUGAAAACUAAAAGACUAAUUUGAUUGUUAUCUCUAUUUACAUUAAAAAUGUGACUUUGUUUCCUUUUGUAAUUUUGUAGCUGGGGAUACAGGAUUUGGACAAAGUUGGGAAGAAAGGAAGAUCAAUAUGUGGAAGUGAUUUUAGCUUGGAAUCACUGUUUGGUCCUGCCAAUUCAUCAAGUGUAUCCAAUAGUGACAAUGCUAGUAUUGUUUCCUUGUGAUCAUAAUAUUUAUGCAACAGAUAAUAUCAAAGGUCAUGUUCAAUUUUACAUUACACUAACAUGUGCUGCAAAAAAAAAAACAGCAGAAAAUUAUAUCCAAUCGUAAAUGAGUCCAUCAAUGUUUUGUUGUGUAGUGUUGCAUUCAUUCCUUCAAUAGUCUUGCUGUCUAAUUUUUUUAUUGGCACAAGACAUUAGGAGAAAGUGCAAAUGUUGUAUUGUUUUGAUGUUUGAGUAGCAUUUCG